UUUAGUCUAAUUCUCUCUCUCACGCUCGCAACCUGUGGACUUGGGUCCUGACUGGUGCUGCGAGGAGGGAGGGUGGUGGGCAAGCGCCCCGGAGUCCGACCGGGUGGCGCCUAGUCGCCGUCUUCAGAGGCAAGUCCCCGCUCAGGCUCCUCCGGUGGGGUCUGUACUUAAACCCAGGUCCAGGACAGGAAACCAUGACCGUGCCUCGGUACCACCUCACCUUUCUGCCCCCGCUUGAGCUGCUGUCCUUAACUGACGAGCCAGUGACUAUUGGCUGAAGUUCCCUAGCCAUUUGCAUGCACAGAGAGGGAGUGUCUUCUGCCGCCUCCCCGUCAGGAGCGCGCCGACUGCAGCCUCCUCGGGAAUGCGCGGCCGAGGGGAUGCGCGCAGCGCGCGGGCCCUGCCAGUGAGCUGGCGCCCGGCGACCUGGCACCCGCGCCUGGAUAUGGGGCGUCUAAGUCGUUCCAGAAGCAGCACCAGCCACAGAAACCUACCGCAUCUCCUUCUGUUUUCCCUCUUCGUGGGACCCUUCAACUGCCUGGCGAGUUACAGCCGGGCCACGGAGCUUCUGUACAGCCUGAACGAGGGACUGCCCGCGGGGGUGCUCAUCGGCAGCCUGGCCGAGGACCUGCGGCUGGUGCACGGAGCAGGGAGGCAGGACCCGCAGUCGCAGCCCCCGGAGCACAGCGGCGCCGAGCGGAACCCUCCUCUCUCCUUCAGCCUGGCCUCCCAGGGACUGAGUGGCCAGUACGUGACCCUAGACAAUCGCUCCGGGGAGCUGCACACUUCUGCCCAGGAGAUCGACAGGGAGGCCCUGUGUCUUGAAGGAGGUGGAGGGGCUGCUUGGCGGGGCAGCAUUUCCAUCUCCUCUUCGCCUUCCGCUGACUCUUGUCUUUUGCUUCUGGAUGUACUGGUCCUGCCUCAGGAAUACUUCAGGUUUGUGAAGGUGAAAAUCGCUAUCCGGGACAUCAAUGACAAUGCCCCACAGUUCCCUGUUUCCGAAAUAUCGGUUUGGGUCCCAGAAAAUGCACCUGUAAACACCCGGCUGGCCAUAGAGCAUCCUGCCAUGGACCGAGAUGUAGGCACUAACGGAGUUCAGACCUACCGCUUGCUGGAGUACCAUCGUAUGUUCACCCUGGACGUGGAGGAGAAUGAGAAUGGGGAGCGAACCCCCUACCUAAUUGUCAUGGGACUGUUGGACAGGGAGACCCAGGACCAGUAUGUGAGCAUCAUCAUAGCUGAGGAUGGUGGGUCUCCACCACUGUUGGGCAGUGCCACCCUCACCAUUGGCAUAAGUGACAUUAAUGACAAUUGCCCUUUCUUCACAAACUCACAAAUCAAUGUCACUGUGUAUGGGAAUGCUACAGUGGGCACACCAAUUGCAGCUGUCCAGGCUGUGGACAGAGACUUGGGAAACAAUGCUCAGGUCACCUACUCUUACAGCCAGAAGGUUCCACAAGCAUCCAAGGAUUUAUUCCAUCUGGAUGAAAACACUGGAGUCAUUAAACUUUUCAGUAAGAUUGGAGGAAGUGUUCUGCAAACACACAAGCUCACCAUUCUUGCUAAUGGGCCGGGCUGCAUCCCUGCUGUGAUAACUGCCCUGGUGACCAUUAUCAAAGUCAUUUUCAGACCACCUGAAAUUGUCCCUCGUUUUAUAGCGAAUGAGGUAGAUGGUAUUGUUUACCUGAAAGAACUGGAACCUGUUAACACUCCAAUUGCAUUUUUCACCAUAAGAGAUCCAGAAGGUAAAUACAAGGUGAACUGCUACUUGGAUGGUGAAGGACCAUUUAGGUUAUCACCCUACCCACCAUACAGUAAUGAAUAUCUGCUAGAAACCACAAAACCUAUGGAUUAUGAGCUACAGCAGUUCUAUGAAAUAGCUGUGGUAGCCUGGAACUCUGAGGGAUUUCAUGUCAAAAAAAUGAUUAAAGUGCAACUUUUAGAUGACAAUGAUAAUGCUCCUAUUUUUCUUCAACCCUUGGUGGAACUAACCAUUGAAGAAAACAACUCACCCAAUGCCUUUUUGACUAAGCUAGAUGCUACAGAUGCUGACAGUGGAGAGAGGGGACAAGUUUCAUAUUUUCUGGGACCUGAUGCUCCAUCAUACUUUUCCUUAGACAGUGUCACAGGAGUUCUGACAGUUUCUACUCAGCUGGAUCGAGAAGAGAAAGAAAAGUACAAGUACACAAUCAGAGCUGUUGACUCUGGGAAGCCACCCAAAGAAUCAGUAGCCACCGUGGCUAUCACAGUGUUGGAUAAAAAUGACAACAGUCCUAGGUUCAUCAACAAGGACUUCAGCUUCUUUGUGCCAGAAAACUUUCCAGGAUAUGGUGAAAUUGGAAUAAUUAGUGUAACAGAUGCCGAUGCUGGGCAAAAUGGAUGGGUUGCCCUCUCCGUGGUGAACCAGAGUGAUAUUUUUGUCAUAGACACAGGAAAGGGCAUGCUGAGAGCCAAAGUCUCUUUGGACAGAGAGCAGCAAAGCUCCUAUACUUUGUGGGUUGAAGCUGUUGAUGGAGGUGAGCCUCCCCUCUCCUCUACCACAAAAAUCACAAUUCUCCUUCUAGAUAUCAACGACAACCCACCUCUUGUUUUAUUUCCUCAAUCUAACAUGUCUUACCUGUUGGUUUUACCUUCUACUCUCCCUGGUUCCCCAGUUACAGAGGUCUAUGCAGUUGACAAAGACACAGGCAUGAAUGCUGUCAUAGCUUACAGCAUCAUAGGGAGAAGAGGUCCUAGGCCUGAGUCAUUUAGGAUUGACCCUAAAACUGGCAACAUUACUUUGGAAGAGGCAUUGCUGCAGACAGAUUAUGGGCUCCAUCGUUUACUGGUGAAAGUGAGUGAUCAUGGUUAUCCCGAACCUCUCCAUUCCACGGUCAUGGUGAACCUAUUUGUCAAUGACACUGUCAGUAAUGAGAGCUACAUUGAGAGUCUUUUAAGAAAGGAACCAGAUAUUAACAUAGAGGAGAAAGAACCACAGAUCUCAAUAGAACCAACUCAUAGGAAAGUUGAGCCUGUGUCUUGUAUGCCCACCUUAGUAGCUCUGUCUGUAAUAAGCUUGGGUUCUAUCACUCUCGUAACAGGGAUGGGCAUAUACAUCUGUUUGAGAGGGAAAAGACAUCACAGGGAGGAUGAAAAUUUGGAAGUACAAAUUCCAUUAAAAGGAAAAAUUGACUUGCAUAUGAGAGAGAGGAAACCAAUGGAUAUUUCUAAUAUUUGAUUUUU